AUGGCGUUGACGCCCGGCAGCCCGAAAAUUCCCUUUCUUCCACCUGAGAUACACCUGGUCAUUGCGCAACAUGUGUACCGUAGCGACUUACCGAACUAUCGCCUCGCCAAUACAAUGUUUGCUGAGAUGGGCAGGCCAGGACUGUUCCAUACCAUCACGCUUCGGUGCACCUGCGCAAGUGUAUCCCAGCUCAAGCACAUCACACAAAACGAACAACUUUCUAAACUUGUGAAUACCCUCAUCUGGGAUACCAAUCGUUGGAGAGUAGGUGUUGACGUAAGAGAUUGGCAUGAGUGGACGAGAUACUGCAAGCUGAGAGCACAAGAGGCUGGUUCUGACCAAGCUGCACUAUACGAAGAGCUUGCUACAAGUCGACAACACUGGGAGGCUUACCUGUUUCGAUUAGAAGACGAGAAACGAACUAAUCUAGAAUUUGAAGAAUUGUGCAUGUCCUCGCCGUUCCCCAGGCUUGGACUGCUCAGUUUGCAAGAAGUCCAUGUUGUCAGAGGCGCUUAUCAGCUCAACAACCGGCACGUAUGCAUGACGGAAGAACAUGAUACAGUACCUGUGACCGCUCCACUCAGUGCUUGGAGAGGUGAUACAAUUUCAAGAUCCCUCUACACCUUUUUAAUGCCUCAAAUACUCAGUACUGUGAAGAGAUGGACAUUCUCCGGCGUGGAUACCAAAGCCUUGGUAAGGUUAGAAACUUAUCCUCCAAUGAAAGGAAUGCACUCCGAACUCACCAGCAUGACAAUCCGACCCGGCGCCCGAGACAUGGCAUACAACUCAGAAAGAGACACAGGCCGGCUCGCGGCCUAUCUUAGCAAGAGGCGAGAUCUUGAGUCUCUCUGUCUGAUCCUCAAUAGCCGCGUUGUUCUUGCGAACCACACGACAAGCUUUUCGCAGACCAUCCAGGAUACUUUCGAAGUAAAGAAGAGGUGGAGUUACCAAGGCUGUCUGGAAGGUCCUAUAACAUGGCCGAAGCUUCGCAAGCUGUCGCUAAGUCAUUUCGAUACAAACACUAACGCGCUCUUGUCGUUAGUCGCCAGACACAGCUCGACUUUACGAGAUCUGAGGCUGCACGCUAUAAGUCUCUGCGUUAAUGGAGAAGAAACAAGCACAUGGCUGCAGGUUUUCCGGACAAUCAGCUCAACAGCAUGUCUGCAUAAUGUGGCUCUGUCGGGAGAGUUCCGAUACGGUGAUGGCAUCAGAGACGACGUCUGGGACUUCGAUGACAAAGGUCUUGCAAAUGCUGUUACCUUUUGGAUCAUCAACGGUGGGGAUUGCCCUUGGACAGACGAGUCUGAGAUAAUUACAAGUUGA